CUUACAGCCGCCUGCACCAAGAAUCUUUUUUUUCUUUGACACCACUGCAAGCUAAUAAAAAACGACAACACAACCCAAUUGUCGGCAGCUCGCAGACGAGGGAAGCUGGGUAACUAUUAUUCAGCAGUUCUUAAUUAUUGGGUUCUCGUAUUUAUCAUAAAAAAACAAACCUCCGAGUCUUUUUUCUAAAUUGUGUGUCGCCGUAUCUUCUGUCGUCAUCUCUUAUCAAAGACGUCAGUUUGCCCUGACAGCUCUGCUUCCACCAUGGCCUUCAACUUCGAGUCGCAACCGUCUGGGCCGUCGCCCCUAGGCUUCCUAACCUCGAAUCCCAUAGCCAAUGCAGUUUCCGAUGUAUACAAAUCCUUCUCCGAGCGACGAGCCAGGCUCGGCUUGUCCAAUCCCGGUACCGUCGAGACUAUCGCAAAGGAGGUUCAGCGUGAAGUUUCUCUGGCCAAUUACAUGCACACCGGUAUAAGAGCAGACCUGACUAAGGCAGUCAGUCUAUCGCCGUUGUUCCAGGUAUCGCAUCAGUUUGCGAUGGGCGAGCAUCAGAAUCCUUACGCAUUUGCAGGUCUCUUUGGCACCAACAAAGUAUUUCUGCAAGGAAGUAUGGAUAAUAAUGGUAUGCUAUCAACAAGGUUUAACUACCGUUGGAAUCCCUCUCUUGUCACCAAGACGCAAUUUUCCAUAGGCGCCCAGGAUAUGGCCUCAAUUGAACAUGAAUAUUCGGGCAGUGACUUCACUUCUUCCCUCAAGAUGCUAAACCCCUCCUACCUCGAAGGUGGUUUGACUGGUAUUUACAUCCUGAGCCAUCUACAAUCCGUUACCCGCAAACUUGCCCUCGGUAUCGAGGCCGUCUGGCAACGCGCUGCGCUUAAUCAGCCGCCCGAGUCUGCCUUAUCGUAUUGCGCAAAGUAUAAGUCCGACGAUUGGAUCGCAACCGCCCAAAUCCAUGGGCAAGGCGCCCUUAACACAACAUACUGGCGGAAAUUGACGGAUAAAGUCCAAGCCGGUGUCGACAUGACUCUUCAGGUGGCUCCCGGCCCUGGGGGUCUGAUGGGAGGUAGUUUGCAGAAGGAGGGCCUUACAUCCGUUGGUGUCAAAUAUGAUUUCCGUAUGUCAACUUUCCGAGCGCAAGUUGAUUCCAAGGGAAAAUUGGCCUGCAUACUAGAGAAGCGUGUGGCACCGCCUGUCAUGAUGUCCUUCUGUGCUGAUGUCGACCACUUCACUCAAUCUGCCAAGGUCGGUCUUGGAAUUAGCAUAGAGGCUGGCGGUGAGGAACUGCAGGAGCAACAAGAAGCUCUUGGUGCUCAGGCGUCUCCUAAUAUCCCCUUUUAAGUCUCCAUCUCUGCCAUAUUCGGACGACUUUCCCUCCAUAGAAGCUCCCCUCUCCCGCCCUCACGCCCUUAAUACACGAUCUCAGUAAUCCAGCACCAGGACUCAAACCAUUGUUGUAGUACUGGUGUGCUGGAGAUCCCGUGCAGCUCCCACCGUUUUUCUUACACUGCCUUGCCGAGCAUCUUUAUGCUCCUAUAUAAGGCACAGCCGUCGCCGGGUAGGUUGGGUUCUGCGUGAAAAAAUGAUUAU